AUGUCUCCGCUGCCUCUGUUCACCGUCUUGAUCCUUGACCUCGGAGACGUUCUCCUCCACUGGUCUCCAGACACCAAGACCAGAGUUCCACGCCUCCUCCUCCGAGAUAUGCUAUCCUCUGGGACUUGGAUGGAUUAUGAACGAGGUCGUCUCUCCCAAGGUGAUUGCUACGCGCGUCUUGCUGUCGACUUCUCACUUGAUGUGGGGGACAUUGCGUUGGCCUUCGAACAGGCCCGACACUCGCUGCAUGUCAAUGCGGACCUGGGGUCCCUGAUUCAAGAGCUGAAAUCGUCCGACGACACCUUACGGGUGUAUGUCAUGUCCAACAUAUCCAUCCCCGAUUACGACUUCGUCCGCCGCAUGCCUUUCGAAUGGUCGAUCUUCGAUGGUUUCUUCCCGUCCGGGCUCGUCGGAGAACGCAAACCAGACAAAGGGAUAUACGAAUACCUCGUCGAGAAGACAGGUAUUGAUCCCAGUUCUGCCGUUUUCGUCGAUGACAAAACGGACAACGUCUCGACCGCGCGUUCCUUGGGAAUGUACGGGGUUGUGUUCGACUCUGCGGCCAAGGUCGAGGCGACGCUGCGUGAAUUGUUCUCAGGUCCUCUGCAGAGAGCGUCCCGUUUCAUGCGGGCGAACGCAGGAAAACUGGACUCCGUGACGGACAAUGGUCACGUCUGCAAGGAGAAUUUCGCUCAAUUGAUGAUAUUGGAAGUGCUGGAUGACGAGAGUUUGACAGUUUUGACCGAAUCACCCUCAGGUUCCACGUGGAACUUCUUCCAGGGAAAACCCCUGUUCACAGAUGUGUUUCCCGAUGACAUGGAUACAACCUCUCUGGCGUAUACUGUCCUGAAGCACGACCAUCACUUGAUCAUGAGAGUGAUGGACGAGAUGUUGCAAUGGACAGACGAUAGAGGGAUUCUCUUAACAUACUUCGACAACACUCGGCGUCGUACCGACCCAUUCGUGAACGUGAACGUUCUUACGCUCUUCUUCAGACACGGUCGGGGAAACCAACUGGCCCGUUCCCUCGACUGGGUUAUCGACGUUCUUGUUCAUCGCUCCUACAUGGAUGGGUCGAGGUACUACACAUCGCCAGAUGCGUACCUGUACUUCAUGAGCCGACUGCUCGCUUCUCCUUUCGAUCCAGCCCUCCAUGGACGAGCGAUGCCCAUAUUCGUGGAGCGCGUGCAAGAGCGGAUUGACGCUCCCGGAGAUCCGACGGAGCUCGCCAUGCGAGUGAUAGUCUGUUGCAGGCUCGGGAUUGAUAACGCGGUGGACCUCCAGAAAUUGCUCGCGAUGCAGCUUCGGGACGGAGGAUGGGGCGUAGGAUGGCUGUAUAAAUAUGGCUCUUCUGGCAUCAAGCUUGGAAACCGGGGCUUGACGACAGCAUUGGCCAUCACCGCCAUCGAACUAGCAUCUAUGCAAAAAACAACCCGGUUGUAG